AUGGUGCUGGUGAAGAAGGACGUGCUCAGCUUGGGCCACUUCCAGGCGUCGCUCCUCGACAGCAUCCACCAUAUCCUCGGCCAGGACACCGGGCUCGCCUUCCAGCUCGUUAGUGCCACCAAAGCCGACCACCAUGAGGUGGCACGGCGUCUCGGUGCUGGAGGCGGCGCACACGUCCGUGCGCGGCAUCCCGGUGGCGCAGGUGGAACAACUGAAGGAAUGACACAAGAUGCUGAUGGGAUUCCGGAUGCAGUUCAAUAA